AUGGCAGCCGUUUGCAAGGCCUGCGAGGACCCCCUCAUCAUCACAAUCGACCCGGACAGCGAAGACGAGGACAACCAAGCUGGCGACGAGCCGCAAAACGUCCCCGAUGACCUCGAGCUCCCCUGCGGCUGUCACUUCCACUGGCAAUGCCUCCUAGAUCAAUCCGAAGAAACAGCCCUCUCCCUAUCCUGCCCCUCCUGCAAACGCUACCUCCCCACCCCCACCCCCUCCGGCGAGCCCGCCAUCCUAACCCGCUACGUAAACGAAGGCGGCCUCCAAGACGCCCUCGACGUCCUCCCCGCCAUCACGGAAGAAGCCUACCUCGCCUCCAACCCAGACGCCCGCCCGGCCCGCGCCUACCACCUCAUGUGCGCAGAAGGCGACGUCGAGGGCAUAGUCUCCCUCCUUCAGGACGCAAACGAGGAGCUCGCCGGCGACGUGACACAACUGGGCCAGCUCAUCCGGUACCAGGACCCGAUCGCAGGCGGCAGGAGCGCGCUGCACGUUGCGCUCGACAAGGCGCAGGAGGAGGUCGUGUGGUUGCUGCUCUGGAUCGCGUCGCGGUUGCCCACGGACGCGUUCCCGGUCGCGGCGCGACAGGCCGCCGAGGCGCUGCAGAUUGUGCGGUUGACCAACGAUGUCGGCGAGGAUAUUCGCGCGCUGAGGACGGAGAACGGCACGACUGCCGAGGAUGUGGCCAAGGGCAUGCCUGCUCACUGGGGCGCCUUGCUCGAGGCCGGUAUGCUGCGUGCUUAG